AUGGAUCACAGAGAUGAUGAUGAUGAUGAUGUGUCUUUUGCCAAAUGGAUGAGCAGCUUUUGGGGUCACAGCUGGAGAGACAAGGAUGAGCGAGGACUCCGGGACCACCACCGAUCACGUGAAGCAAGCUACAGGAAGGCUUCCCUGCCAUGCCCAUUUCCUGCAUUUUCCAGCAUUACAUCAGCUGACUGCCACCCUAGACGACAUUCUCAAGAGGACCAGAGAUCCCGAAGCCAUCUUCCCAUGCAGUAUCACAGAAAAUUCUCGAUGGAUGGGUCACUGAAGGAGCCAACGGGACCACAAAGAGGAGCUCAUUCCAGAAUGCAGGAGUUCUCAGAGUCCCUUGAGCAACACCUGUGCCUUCGAACCAAGCAGGCUCCCUCUUCGGGACCCAAGGGCAGGAAGGAGAGAGAUGAAAGGCAUUGCCCAGGAACUGACGUGAGCUCCCACAAGACACUGGAGGACAGAGGGAACUCAGCGAAGGAAGCGCGUGGAGAUGCAGCCAUGGCUCCCCUGGUUGAAAAGGGGCCUGAAUAA